UCAACGCCCUCCGAACCUCCAUUUUCUACUUUCCAUCGACCUCGAUUUGUCUGAUCCACAACAUUGAACAUCUCGAUCAAAGCGAUCAACUACUCAAUUCCUACGAACCUUAUCACACACUUCGCAAACACCUGCGCAUUCUACGAUGUAUCGAAGAGCGCUUUUGAACGUCCCCCGCGUCGCCGGAAGAGCGUUAUCGGCCUCAACUCGUCCCGCCACGAGACCUGCUCUUGCGCAGUUAUCUCCGUCUGUCGCUGUUGCAGGUAGACGCCAGUAUCACGAGAAGGUCCUUGACCACUACUCCCGUCCGCGCAAUGUGGGAAGCAUGUCCAAGACCGAUACAGAUGUUGGUACUGGUCUUGUUGGAGCUCCUGCGUGUGGCGAUGUGAUGAAGUUGCAGAUUAGGGUGGACCCUACAAACAACACGAUCUCGGAUGUCAAGUUCAAGACCUUCGGUUGUGGUUCAGCCAUUGCUUCGUCGUCAUAUCUGACGGAGUUGGUGCGAGGUAUGACUUUGGAAGAGGCUGGUAGAGUGAGAAAUACAGAGAUUGCGAAGGAGCUUUGCCUACCACCUGUGAAACUCCACUGCUCUAUGCUCGCCGAGGAUGCCAUCAAGUCAGCCAUCUCAAAUUACUAUACCAAGAAUCCUAAGGCUCGAUCGACGGAUCUUGGUGGAACUGGUUCAAGCAUGCCAAAGAUUGACGUUGAAACCGUCAUGGAGCCAACUGCGGCUCAGACAGCAACUGCUUGAGCUUGGGAUCUUAGGUGGCAAGGCGUUUGGGCGAUUUGACCAAUGUGUGACGUGGGACCUGGCAAUUGCGAGGACUUACAAAAUUGGACGUAUCCCAAGUACACAUUGAAUGCAACGGUGAAAACCGAAAAGCAAGCAUCGAUUUCUAGGGAGCCAAAGGCAAAGUAAAGCAAUGAGCGACCACUUUUCUCAAUUCAUGCGAGGGAAUAGGGAACUGUAUGUACAAAUGCUGGUUUUGAAGCCAGCCGUCAAUGGACUUAACAAAAUACCCAAUUCAGAAUGAAUCCAUAUGACCUUCUCCCCUCAUGAAUUGAUAAAUGUCGAGAUGCC